AUGUCUAUAAGUAUAUCUACUUUAUCAUUAGUAGAUGCAAAUCAAAUUUUAAAAAAAGAGCAAAUACCAACUCAACAUCAAAGAAAUAUUGAAUUACUAGAUCCAACAGAUAAUAACUUGAAUGAUUUAUAUAAAGAAAUAUUUGUUAAGAAUACAAAUGAUAAAUUGCUUAAAAAUUACUCAAAUAUCGAGAAAACUGAUAGCAAAACAGAUAAUGAAGUAGAUAAUAAAAAUGAAUUAUCAGUUUUUAUUUGCAAAUAUAUACUGUAG